CGCUACCUUGACAGUCAAACGCUGCACGUCGAGCUGCUUGUUAUUACAACAAACCUACCGAGUGUCGGUCCGGUCCGGCCUCUGAAACACAGCCGAGGCUCCGUCAUCAUGUCCGGCGUCCAGCUGCUCAGAGUGCUCGUGAACGAGCGUCUGUCUGCGGCCGCAGAGGAGAUCUUCGAGGCGGUUAAAAAGACCAUCGCGGGCUACGAGGAGGAGGUCCUCCGGCAGCGCCGAGUCCUGCAGACAAUAUUAAAACCUGAAAUAAAGAUGAACAAACUCUCAGUAGACCAACCACCGCUGGCUCUCUCUGUCUGGGACGAGGACUUCCUCUCCGACCGGCAGCAGCAGGACCACUGUGAUCAGGACUGGAGCUCCGGUCUGGAUCAGGACGACCAGGAACCUCCACAAACAGAGAAGAGCCGGGAGGAGGAGGAGGAGCUUCAGGAGGACGACGACGACGACACCAUCAGGUUCAUCUUCACUCCUCCGUACGUGAAGAACGAGCUGGACCAGCCUCCGUCCAGUUGUCGGAGCUCUAAAGGAGAAGGAGAUCCUCUGCCGAGCACUCCAGCUGAGCAGGACCAGACGAAGGUGGAGGACGAUGACGGAGCGUCCUCCAGCUGCUCUGCAGCCGACAGCGGCGAGGAGUGGGGGGGCAGCGUGGGAUCGCAGAGCGACGACAGCGACCGCAGGGGGACAAAGAGGAAGGAGCCUCGUUUACCGACGGCUCAAAAACGUCACCCGACUAAAAAAGCGAAAUCGCGAAUCCGCUGUAAAGUCUGCGGGAAGGCCUUUCACGCCAACGUCUCUCUGGUGAACCACAUGGAGGCUCACCCGAAGGACGUCUGCGGUGUUUGUGGGGAACGUUUGGAGACCGAGGAGGGCUUCAGGGUUCACCUGAAGACGCACGUGAAAGCCGAAGUCUGCGGCGUUUGCGGGAAAUGUUUCGGGGCCUCGAGUUCUUUGGAGACGCACAUGAGGGUCCACACGGGGGAGAAGCCGUUCAACUGCAGCGAAUGUGGGAAAUCCUUCAACUGUCACCACAACAUGAUGCGACACCUCUGGAUACACACGGGGGAGAAGCCGUAUCCUUGCACCGUCUGCGGCAAAUGCUUCAACGACUACUCCACGAUGAAACGCCACCGGCUGCUCCACGCGCACACGAGGAGCCGUGACCCGAACAACACGUCUGCAAACGAACACGUCAACGAUGCGGAGGAGAAGAUGACGAUGUCAUCGCCACCGAAAAAGCAUCAGACUCGGACCAUAUGUGAAGUGUGCGGGAAAAUGUUUCACUCCAUGGUGUCUCUGGUGAACCACGCCAAGAGUCACGCCACGGACCUCUGCGGCGUGUGCGGGACGCAUUUUGACUCUGAUGAAAAGUUAAAACUUCACCUGAAAACUCACAAGAACGGGAAGGUCUGCGAAGUGUGCGGAAAGUGUUUCGACAGUCAAGGAAACCUGGAGAUGCACAUGAGGAUCCACACGGGGGAGAAGCCGUUCCUCUGCAGCGAGUGCGGUAAAUGCUUCAACUGCCGACACAACAUGAUGCGACACAUCAGGACCCACACGGGAGAGAAACCCUACCUGUGCAACACCUGCGGCCGCUGCUUCAGCGACCGCUCCACGCUGAAGCAGCACAGCAGCACGCACACCGGAGAGAAACCGCACUGCUGCGAGAUCUGCGGUAAAGGCUUCCACCGAAAGACAUACGUGAGGCUUCACAUGAAGAGCCACGCGACUGAGAAAUGACUGUUCUGUAAAUAUGGUGGUGUGUAAAUAAAAGCUUUAAAAUGUGCCGAUAUCAGCUUUUUUUACUUUCUGACCGCAAAUUCUUCACGUCCAUUGGCUGUGAUCUAAUAGACCCUUUCACAGCCAACGACAUCAAAAAUAUGCGGAGACAUGGUGGCAACAGACGAGUUAGCAAACUUUAAACAUUGAAUUAAGACUGUUACCGGCAUCAGCAUGUCUCGUUGAUUGCUCGGAUGAGUAUGUGUUUAAAAUUGAUAAAAAGGGGCAAAACAACCACAAAUUGACACAAAACAACUACAAAGAGAUGAAAAACAGCUGCAAAGAGACUCACAAUGACUAUAGAAAGGGCCAAACGAUCUCGAAGAGAUACAAAACAACUACAUAGAGACACAAAGCAGCUAUAUAGAGACACAAAACAACUACAUAGAGAUGCAAAGCAGCUAUAUAGAGACACAAAACAACUACAUAGAGAUGCAAAGCAGCUAUAUAGAGACACAAAACAACUACAUAGAGACACAAAGCAG